AUGGCUCCAUCUCCACCGCCGUCGAGACGUAAGCCAGCCGCCACGACACCUAUAAAUUUGUGGAAGAAGCAUCGGCAAGGACGCAAGCUCUCGAGCGAUUGCAAGCAGAUGGUUCUUUCCGUGUACGCCAAGCUGCGAGAACAAUACCCGGACAGGAUACGCGAAGCCCUCAUUGAAGCGCUGAAGGAUGAUGAGGUCGCCGUGGAACCGAGUCCAUCGACUGUGUACCGUCUUUUGCAUGACAUUGGGUUCGAGCUGCAGAAGAGGAGUCGCAACUCUCUUCUCAUUGAGAAGGACGACAUCCUUGUGUGGCGUGCGAAGUACCUCCGCUCAAUCCUGAAGUUUCGAGCAGAGGGUAAGGCGAUCUAUUAUCUCGACGAAACGUGGGUCAACGCCGGACACACCGUCAACAAGAUCUGGGUCGACACGACGGUGCGUUCUGCCAGAGACGCAGGAAAUCGCGGCCUCAGCACCGGUCUCAAAAAUCCAUCUGGCAAAGGCAGCAGACUGAUUGUCACUCACGUUGGGGGUGACCAAGGCUUUGUGGAAGGUUGCCUCGACAUUUUUCAUGGAGUGAAGUCGGGCGAUUACCACGACGAGAUGGAUGGCAACAGGUUUGAACAUUGGUUUGACUUGUUCCUGACCAAGGUAGAGCCAGGAAGCGUUAUUGUAAUGGAUAACGCUUCCUACCACUCAAGACGCGUGGAGUGUGUCCCCACGAAAUCUUCAACCAAGAGUGUCAUCCAAGAAUGGCUAAGCUCAAAAAGAAUUGACUGGGACAAAGACAUGCUCAAGGUGGAACUAAUUUCUUUAGUCUCCCAAGUGCGACACAAGUUCCUCAGCUACCGAGUGGACACACGUGCUGAAACUGUUGGGUGCACGGUUCUUAGGCUGCCCCCUUAUCAUUGUGAGCUGAAUCCCAUUGAGCUUAUCUGGGGGCAAGUGAAGAAUGAGGUUGCACGAAGCAACUCGUCUUUCAAACUAAAAGAUGUGAAGGUGCUUCUAGAGCAGGCAAUCAAGAAUGUCACGAAAGACAACUGGACCGCUGCUAUACAGCAUGUUAAGAAGAUGGAAAAGCAGUUCUGGGAGAAUGACAGCCUGUCGGACAGAGAGGUUGCACCAAUCAUCAUCGAAAUCAAUGCCGGAGAUGUCAGCGACGACUCCUAUGAAGAUGAAAGCUGCGAUGAAGUUGUCUCUGGAUCAGGCCAGCCACACAUUCCAGGUGUGGAGCCACUUAAUAUGUAA